AUGAGCAGCCAUGGUUUGUAUGUAUUAUUUGAUAACUACUCUUAGGUUAGUAAUCUUUUAUCAAUUUGUAUUUUAGGAUCUUUGAUAAAAUUAUUCAAAAUAACAUCCCUAAAACAUGCUCUCUAAUUUUUUGUUCCCCUUAUGAUUGUUGAUAUAUUUUGUUCCAUUUAUUUGGGUUAAACUGUCAGAUAUGAAUGGGAUAGCGUUGCAUUGAGAUAUUUCAACACCCCAUUAUCAGCAUAAUUUCCUUAUAUUCGAUAUAUAUACAAGAAAAAAUGUGCCUGGGUAUCUAUUUUCAAUUUGCUAUUUCCUGGUAAUUUGUGAGACUACUUAUUAGGGUUCUUUUUGGGCUAUGUAAAUAGAUUUGACAAAUAUAAAUAGACAUAUGUCUACGAAAUUAUUGCCUUCUUUGGAUUACUUGUAGGACUCCUUUUUUGGGUUCUAAUUUAAUACAUUUUUUCAUUUCCUCUUCCAACGUAACUAACAACUAAUAUUAAAGCUCAAUCUUCACAGAAGUGUUGAUGGUCUUAACUACUGCUUUGGUAGCAGUCUAGAGAAAUGAAUUCAAUAUAUUUUACUCUGGGAACUUCUAUGAUCAGAUACUCAUGGAUCCUUUCAAAAAUGAUAUUGCCCUUUAAGAACCUACAACGGUGGAAAUGUUUGGAUUAGGCACUACCACUUAAGUUAUUAACAAGGACGCUGUAUAAUAAUAAGAUCUAGUGACUAGAGGAGAAUAAGGUUUAAUAUUUAAUAAUCAACUCUUUGCUGGACUGGCUUCCAUUAAUCGGUCUUAAUAAUAAAAUGUUUUAUAAUCAAAACAAUAAAGUCAAUAUCAAAAAUAUUGA